CGCUGCGCGGCCGGUCGUAGCGCGCGGAGUGCAGUGAUGUCCGCGUCCGCGCCCCACGCCCACGGGCGCACCCCCGUGCGGCGCAGGGGGCAUCAACACCACCCGCGGCUGAGGGGCGACCGUUUACCCGCCCCCAGCUCGCCCGCAAACACUACUCCGUCCAAACGUGUGACCUUAGACUCUCAAACAGACGAUGUUGUGCCUUGUGUCAAUAGUGUUAGUGAAUCUCAAGAAUUGACAAGGACGAAUAGUGACGAUGCACUUUCGAAUCCAAACAUACUCGAGGACUCGAAUAUUGAUGAUGAUGAAAUUGAAUUUGAUAUUAGGAUCACCGGUGCAGACUCGAAUGGCAGUUCGGAUGACGACUUUUCCUUUCGAGAGGAGAGAUCAGCGGGUGACGGUGCAGAGGUAACUGCGUUAGCCUCUGAUAUAUCAGACGAUGAUCCCGAAACUGCGGAACUUGCAAAACUCAGAUGUCCUAGUGAGUGUACUGAAGUUUUGGCCGCCAGGGAAAAUCGGAGAAGGCGAAGAUGUGCGGACUAUCCGGGACUUGCGUUCGGAAGUUCCAUAUUCGCCUCUGAUACAAUGAUGAAAUUUUCUAUCAUUAAGAAUGAGUUGCAGAAUAUCAAGAAUACUGCAUUGAAAAGGGCGGAAUCCGAAGUUGCUGCGCUCAACCGACGCAUCCAACUGCUCGAGGAAGACUUGGAGAGGUCAGAGGAACGUCUCGCGACCGCAACCGCUAAGCUCGCGGAGGCUAGCCAGGCCGCCGAUGAGUCGGAACGUGCCCGCAAGGUCCUGGAGAACAGGUCAUUGGCCGAUGAAGAGCGUAUGGACGCCCUGGAAAAUCAGUUGAAGGAGGCCAGGUUCCUGGCUGAGGAAGCUGACAAGAAAUACGAUGAGGUAGCUCGUAAGCUGGCCAUGGUCGAGGCCGACCUGGAGCGCGCGGAGGAGCGCGCCGAGUCGGGUGAAUCCAAAAUCGUCGAGCUUGAAGAAGAGCUCCGCGUUGUCGGUAACAACCUGAAAUCCCUGGAAGUCUCUGAGGAGAAGGCGAUGGCGUCCCGCGAACACGUCGAGGAUAAGAUACACAGCCUCUCGCAGAAACUCACGCAAGCUGAAGCUCGCGCUGAAUUUGCCGAGCGCUCUGUCCAGAAACUCCAGAAGGAGGUCGACAGGCUUGAAGAUGACCUGAUCAACGAGAAGGAGAAGUUCAAUGACAUCGGGGACGACAUCGAUGACACUGUCGUGGAACUGAUCCCGGGUGUGGACAUGACGGAGCGGCAAGUGGAAGCGGCGAAGAGAGCGCUCGAGAAAAAGAUGAACGCUCCAGCCCCGCCACCGAAGGAGCCAACUCCUCCCCCACCGCCACCCAAGGAGCCCACUCCUCCUCCUCCACCACCACCCAAGGAGCCUACUCCCCCUCCACCUCCCCCGGCGGAGCCCGCACCCGAACCCGCACCGGAACCCGCACCCGCACCCGAACCUGCACCCGAACCCGCACCCGCUCCGGCUGAAGGUGAACCUGCUCCGGCUGCACCGGCCGAAGGCGCCCCCGAGGCCGCGGCUCCCGCUGAAUAACUUAAAAAAAAUAAACUUAACCGUGGACCCAAUUUAAUUUACGCGUUAAUACGAUAACUUUAGACUUAAUCAAAAUUAAUGCGAAACCAAUUAAAAAAAAUGUUCAAGAUAAAAUAAUUUAUUAACAUGUAAAUAAAUAUUUAAAAUUUAGCUGGUGGAAUAGCGUUUCAAUACCCCCUCAGUUGUGUCAGUACUAUUAACGUGAUUGCAUGAGAGUGAAUUUAACGAACUAACGAGCGAAGAGCGUGAAGCGAUUGACCCUGCCGGUCUCCGCAGACGAUCUGAUCUCCGGCAAGGAGCUAUUCCACGAAAUGGGCACGGAGUUGGAUGUGGCGUUCAAGGAACUGGGCAUACCGCGGGCCGUGGGGCGCGUCUGCGACCGCUGCACGUGCUGCCACUGACCACCGGCCUCGCCGCAUAACGCUUAUCGUUUGUUUUAAGCUUUACAUGUGCAUUUAAAUCAGUAAAAAACAAUUCAUGACUUAUCUCUUUCGAUUACCUACACCCACCCACACGAAUCGAAACCGUCAAUUGCCAACGCUUCUCAAACUGCAUGCAUUGAAAGUGUCGUCGAUACGAUUUUAAAGCCAAACUUACAGCUAACUUAGCGAAAACGACGCAUGGCUUCGGAAUAACCAGGAUCGCAACAUGUAAGCAUUUUUUAAUACUUUAUACACUUGUACAUUUUGCCGCUAAAACAUGUGCUGCAAAACUUGACUUAUGGGGUUUUGUAAAAUCAUUUAUCGGUAAUUCUAUGGGAUUUUUAAUUAAUAUAAAACAUAUUAGUUCUGUGUAGUAAUUUUAAAUGUACUAAGAGGUGAAACACAUUACAGUUCAAUUUUAUUACAAGUAAUGUUUUUAUUUUGUGUCGUAAAUUUGAUUAUUUUAGCUAAUAUUUCUUUUGGAUGUAUAAAAUUAAUUUAAUCAUGAAAAUGCGCAGACGAACUUGUUGCCGAAAAGGAGAAGUACAAGGACAUCGGAGACGACUUGGACACUG